UAAAUAAAAACUGAAAUGUCAACGUUGACAUCAGAUUUAGAUUUAUACCAGAUUCAGUUAAAAAAUGCAACUGAAGUUACCAUGUUUAUAUUGAUGGGCUUCACAGAUGAUUUUGAAGUGAAAGUCUUCCUAUUUUUGCUAUUUCUAGCAAUCUAUCUUUUUACUCUGAUAGGAAAUUUGGGACUGGUUGUAUUGGUCAUUGGGGAUUCCCGCCUCCACAAUCCUAUGAACUAUUUUUUGAGUGUGUUAUCGUUCUUGGAUGCCUGCUAUUCUUCAGUUGGGACCCCAAAAAUGCUGGUCAAUUUCCUGUCAGAGAAUAAAGCUAUCUCAUUCCUUGGAUGUGUAGCACAGAUGUUUCUGUUUGUUACGUUUGGCACCACAGAAUGCUUUCUCUUGGCUGCAAUGGCAUAUGAUCGCUAUGUAGCAAUCUACAAUCCUCUGCUGUAUUCAAUUAACAUGUCAUCCAGGGUCUAUGUGCCACUCAUCAUUGCUUCCUAUCUUUGUGGCAUUUUACAUGCUUCUAUACACACAGGGGCCACAUUUAGUCUAUCUUUCUGUGCAUCGAAUGAAAUCACAGUCUUUUGUGACAUCCCUCCUCUCCUUGUUAUUUCUUGUUCUAACACUCACACAAACCAGCUUCUACUCUUCUACUUUGUGGGAUCUAUUGAGAUAAUCACUAUCCUGAUUGUCCUGAUAUCCUAUGGUUUCAUUCUGGUGGAGAUUCUGAAGAUGCAUUCUGCUGAAGGGAGAAGAAAAGUCUUUUCUACAUGUGGUUCUCACCUAACUGGAGUGUCAAUUUAUCAUGGAACAAUUCUUUUCAUGUAUGUGAGACCAAAUUCCAGCUAUGCUUUGGAUCAUGACAUGACAGUGUCAACAUUUUACACCAUUGUGAUUCCCAUGCUAAAUCCCAUCAUCUACAGUUUAAGGAACAAAGAUGUAAAGGAGGCAAUGAAAAGAGUAUUUGGUAAAAAUGGGUGUCUCAAGAAAGUAUAUUUUUCAUAUUAA